CAGGUUUCUCUGGUUUGUUCAUAUAAAAUGGGGUGCUAUUGUUUGGAAUCUGUUGAAUCAUAAUGGGAACUCAGGAUCCCAUUCAUGCAUCUCCAUCUACUGAUAUAGAAUCCAAUCUCAGUGAUACUGAAUAUCCUAUCAAGUGCAUUCUUGAGGAGUCAAGAGACAAAUAUUUAAUUGCAUGGGAAAGGGAUUAUGACCCAUCUUGGGAACCCAAGCAUUUUGUGAAUGACGCUGCUGUGCAUGCAUGGGAGUUAAAGAAAAAUAACCGAUACCAAGCUGCCGACAGAUAUCGCAGAGAACAUCCUCUUCGAAAAAGUCACUUGUCUUAUAUCAAUUCUCUAUCUCAAUCUUCUCCAUCCUCAACCCUCUCUGCCUCCAAUUCCGGAAGCCAGAUAUCAUUGAACAGUGGCAGUGUUUUUGCCCCCCAGUCCACGCAGCAAUCCUAUUCUUCAAUUUCUGAUCAAGGGGGAUCAUUAGGUAAAAAUUCUUUUUAUCAAAUUCCAUACAGCCUAGCAACACAGUCUUCUGUUACCUUUUCUACGCAACACCAAAGGCCACUUUCACAAUCAGGGGCUGAGAAUUGGAUCAGUCCGCCUGAGUUAGCCAAUUCACCUCAUCAGUGCACACAAGCGGGAGUUUCAUCAAACAGUCCUGAAAAUUCAUUGCAGCCUUUCCAAGCAACUGGUGGGUUGUCUCGGUCUGAAGACCCAGCUGAAGCGCCGUACCAGGUCAUUGAUCUGUCACAGCAGGCCAAUUCGCUCGAUCGACAAUCAUUGACUACUUCCGGUAAUAGCUUGGAAAGGGAUUAUCGUCUGAGCUCUCCUCGCACACGUUCUCCGAAAAAGCGGCCUUCGAGGCUCCCUUUAAUUCACGGGGGCAUCACCCAGUCUCUUUCAUUAACACCACGUUCCCAACGCCAAAAUCUACCAACUACUAAACAAAUCCGUGCCCAUACGUUCUCUCAGGAAGUUGCGGAGACACCUCUGUCGCAACUUUGGAUAGGGGAGAGGAUAGAGGACUUACUCUCAGACAGCGGUCCAUUAUCUACCUCUCAAUUUGAUCCUUUAAUUCCCUCGAAUAACACGCCUGAUAAUUUAUUUGCUUGGAAAACGCCGUAUCGCCGCCAGGCGUUAUCCGACGGACUAAGUAUAGUACCGGAAACCGUUUAUAGCAAUUCGACAAACGCGGGGGAACACUUAGGCUCACAUCCCUUUAUCGAAGAAUCAAUUUUCGUAUCCCAGGGCCCCAGUUCGAAAUCACGACUGUCGAAGACAGUUCAAGAUAGCGAUAGAAGCCGAUUUGGAAAAUCGCCCAAGCAACUGAAAAAUUCACCGCAUAGUUCCGAACAUCCGUUGUACACUAUGGAAGAAUCAUCUAGCAAUGGUUCUUCUCAACCCGCAAAGAGCGUGGCUGAAGCUGCACGUAAUAAUCCGGGAACAAGUUACCUGGAAAGGAUGAGAUACCUUCGAGCAGCGGAGCGCGCAAGUAUUAAACCAUUACAAAGCCUUACAGAGAGCGAAACGCCCUCCUCUGCCGGAGACAUCGAAGCGUCUGCACCUCCAGCUACCUCGGAGGGAGUCAUACCUUUAAGCGUCCGUCAUGAUAAAGAGCCGCCGGUCAGGGAAGAUCAUCAAACCGAUUCGCCAGUUUCAUUCGUCGCCCCACAGGCACUCCAUUAUAACCCUGAGCAACCGGCGUUGUUGGGAGAAACUGGGGCAAGGCUGAUUGACACAGCCAGUUUGUCUACACCAGCGGCAUCAUUAGAGCUGGCUGCUCAACAGUUCGAACAGGAAGGCAAAAGAGAGGAACAAGCAAUCGAAGAGCACCAAGGGAUUUCCCUAGGCCCCUUCGAAUUUGUUAUUCCACUCUCUAUGGAUUCUAGGGUGAAGGACGACUAUGAUCGUACGCUUAGAGAAGCAAGCAAAUGCAUUCGCAGAUUUGUGGCCAGUGCUUCAUUUGCAGAAGGAACAGCUGUUGAAGUUGACGUCGGUUCACUGGCACUUCAGAUGCAACGAAUGAUAGAACAGCUCAAUAAUAUUACUACUCAUCCUGAUUUGAAUUUGCCGGAUCAGCCUAGCAGCGGUCCUCUUGAUGUUGCAAAAGAAGCAUCAUGGGCGGAAUACUCAAGCUCCAAGUUUCAAUUUCUCAGUUACUUCAUGGACGCAGUUUUAGAAGAUCCUUUGGAACGAGCUAUCCAUGUGAUUGUUAUGGUAAAACCUGGUGCAGCUGUUGAUAUUAUGAGAAAGUAUUUUCUCGGAAAGCAAUUGGAUCUUGUUCCCUCUGAGGAACCUGGGAACCAGCAACUGGUGUUUGUAUCUCGCCACCUCAGUUUUCAGAUAUUCACAGUGGAGGAUAAAUCUCCAGCUGCAUCCUACAAAGACCCAACAGUGAUUGUUGCGCUGGAUAACGCUUUCAGUGCAGAUGAUCCACUUGUCCGUAAACUGCGAACUACAGGUUCUUCUGGUCGCCUUGUUCCUGCUAUCAGGCUCAUUAUCUCCAACACCGCCGAGCACAUUGCACUCUGCUUACCCAAAUGCUGUGACUUCGACAGACUUCGCUUGCUUGUCCAGUAUACAAAUUCUUACAGCAGCAUCGCUGGCGAUCUUCAGGAUGAUGCGCUUGGGGUUCAGGAAAACGCUGAGGAAACUCUUCGCUACCUUAUGUCCGAUCCAGACACAAGGGAAUGGCCUCUUGCGGACGUUGAGACAGUGGAGAUCCUAACCCCAGACCAAGCAUCCUCUUUGGAGCCGGAGGAAUUAUGUAAAAUGUCUAUUUCAAGACAAAAGCGCUGGCUGGAUGAUGAGGGAGAUGAUGCGGCGAACUCAUCAAAGCGGCAGAGAACGACGCCUCUACAAGACAUAACCCAUAUUAAUGAUUCAGUCAAGGGCCCAAGCCAAGAAAACCAGGAAGCUAGUCGUUUGAAUGUCCAGGUCGAACUGGAUAGCGACGCUAUGCUCCAAAUAAAUGAGCUGCGAUCCGCCUUGGCGGAUGCCAGAAAACGCUUACGGGCGAUGGAAACAAACUUUGCCAAACUUCAACAUCGUUACGAAUCAAAAAAUGAACGAUAUCAUAAGACUCGCCGAGAACUCGAACAGUCUGCCGAAUCUGCCAAGAAGUCGGAAACCCGGAUUGAAAGACAGAAGGGGGAAAUAAACAAACUUAAGGAUGAAAGGUCUGAGUUGACCAAAGAACUUCAGGAGGCUCGAGAUAUUGUUAAAGCCGGCGGAGGCUUGGCUGCUGAUCUAGAGAUUGCUAGAGAGGAGAUUCGGAAAUUAUCUCAGGAAAAGUCAAACUUGGAGCGGACAGCUCAACAGGAGCGCUCACAAUCCGAAUUUACCCGAUUGCAAUAUCAAAAUGCGUCGAGCGCCGCUGCCCAGUCUGGCAUUGAAGUGCGCCAGCUAAAAGAACAAGUUGAGGAAUUAGAACGGAAGUGUAACGGCGAAGCAGCUAAAUUAAAACAGCUCCGAGCACAAAAUAACGAACAACAACACCUCGAUCGGAUUCGGGAGCUGGAAAACUCGCUUAUGACACGAGAAAAGCUCCUAAUGAUGAAAGAGGAGGAGAUUCGGGAUUUGAGGAAAAAUCGACCAACUACGAGGUCUACGAGUACUCAGCCACGGAGCCCCAAGUUUGCUGGAUCAAGUCGUCCUGCGAGUCCUGCACCAAAUUUGGGAUCAAAUUCAAACACCAUUGGGCGAGGAAGUGUGCUGCGGUUCCGUGUAGAACCAUAAAUAUCGUUUGUCUAUAUAUGAAUGGGUACAAAUAUGGGGAUGUUCCUCUGUAAAUGUUGAUGUUGGGGCUUUUGCUGCUGUUGCUUAUUGAACUCUCAAGCUGUCUCCUUUUCUUCUCUUAUUUUGGAAUUGGGUUGACAGAAACCCAGUAUGGCUUAUACCAAUGAAACUAUCUUUAAGAGCUGUGAUGCAGACAUAAA